AGUUUACAAACAAGUGAUGGGACCUUCGGGCCGAGCUAGACCCCCGGCCCUUGCUGGAAAAUUGAUAUUAAAAGAGAGUAACCAAACCGUUUGUGUACUUCACUGAAACCCUAUACAUCCCUAUAGGGAGUUGGCGUUGUAAUCCGAUUUCACCUUGAUAUAUAUGUAUAUAAACAUAGGACACUUCGAUUUGUCAUAAAGCUAACUAUACAGUCAAUGGCAGCUUCCUUGUAAAGAUAAUUCAUCGACUGCUCCAGCAGCCUCAUCGAUUGAUUGUCCGCUGUAAAACUGGACACCCGACAAAAGAGAUCGGUUAGAUUCAAAGAGUACCUCGAUCGGGAGUUGCCAUGGGUGAUGCACAGCCAGCGGUGCAUUUGGAAGAGGUAACUAUUCGAGGCUCCAUACUCAGGUAUCUGGCUUUGCUCGAUGGGAAUCUGUACGACGAAGGAUGUAAUACCUCCGAGCUAGGUACAUCACUUGCUUCAUCACCUGUUCACAAGAUUGUUCUUUUUUUCCUCUCGGAAGCAAGUCGACGUUGUACGUGACCGAGGUCGAUGGUUGACAUUUAUGACCUGUGUUAGCAUGGUGUAUGGUUGGCUGUAAAACUCAGUGUUGGUUUUAUAUGCAGACACGAGGGAUUGAAAAAGUUUCCCGACAAGUACAAUUCUCGUAUAUCUUUGUGGAAGAACUUCGUUAUAAAUAUAGACCAAUGUGACGCACCUACAUCCAAGUUCUUCAGUUCUUGUGUAUACACCUGAUGAAAUAUAAAAUGAUUGUGAAGUGAUGAAGGCAAACUAACAAAGCAAUGUAGUCGAAAGAAAUUAGGAGUAUAAGCAAUCAUGACAGCUAUAUCAGCAAGGACAGACUCGGCGUCGUCGAGCAGCUCAUCAUCGACAUCCUCUUCUGAAUCGUCCUCAUCACCAAGUGUCCCAGUCUCACCGAUUCACCAUCCUCAAAGACCCACGGAACAAUCAAGCGAAGAGGAAGAAGAAAAUGCUGAAGUCGAAUGUCCCUCGUUCGUCCGCGAUCGCACCAUUUCAAGGGCACUCCACGAGUUCGAACUCGAAGAUGACGACAUCCCAGAGCCUGACUUCUCUUGGGAUGCCAGAACGAUAUCUCACCAUCUUGCCAAAUACCUUGAUGACCUCUGCGGGUGGGUGCCAGACCCCAAAGUGCAAUACAGACGUGUGGCGCCGUCACAAGGAAAGAAUGGUCAAAGGACAAAGGGUACGAAAAGCGAUCUGGAAGCGCAGGUGCGACGGUUGUCAUUAAAUUCCAGAGUGGCUAGUCGAAUGAAAGCCUUGACGAUGGAAUUCGAAUUUCGACAUUACCACAAUCCUAAGAAAUACAUGGAGCAAUAUCGUAGGUACCACACAUGUGGAGGACCUUUGGAAAAGUUGGCUGCUCACGACACUUCUUGUGGACGCAAGAGAAGUAUUUAUUAUGCAGGAGAUGCCUCUGCUGAAGCAGGUUUCAAGGUAGAUAACCCACACACGCAGCAGGAGUCGCGUUUGACAACGGCUCAGUUACAACCAGCGUCAUCGCCAGAUAGAAAUGAUGGCCAGCGUCAUACACAAUCGCGUCAACGACAGAACUCUGACUCAAGAAGUGACCAGAGUAGAACAGACGCAACAAGUGUUUCUUCGGGAACUACUCUGCCAAAAGCAGUGUCAUCACAGAAUUCACCGGUUCAAAAUGAGUCAGUGUCGACCCUACCGCGGUAUUGCUCGCUGACGGAAGCUGCCAACCGAAAGCGUCAAGUCUACAGUCAUUGGAUGGGUAUUCCUAGUUCUCGUCUACCCGUACCUUCGUCUGCACCUAAAUCAUCAACAGAGAGCGACCGCGACAUGUCGAACUUCCCAGCCAAAUUGCCAGCGACGGACGAUGCAAUGUUAAUGAAACCUCAAAGCUCUACGCCGACCGGUACGGGAUCAACCACUGCUUUGUCGAACAAAGGUCUUAGACCAACCUAUCACAAUCCGUUGAUGACGAGUCCAACCGGUGCGCCGUCUGGACCUGUCACCCAAAGUACCUCUCAGUUCGGUAGUCCGCCUAGUGGACAACAUCCUCUUUGGAAACCAAAUCAGUAUCCUGCCACAGCCGAUAAUCAUACUCUGCCAGUCGCCUUUGGCGGUAUGGCAGGAAACUUUUCCACUGGGAUUACACUUGAUGAUAGUUGCUAUGGUUACCAGGGUAAUGGUGUGACGUCAUCAGAAGGGUCAGCAUUUCGAGAUUUCUACUCCCACUUGCUACAAGCAGCCCAUUAUCUUAGACUUGCUGGCAGACAGAAAUCGAUGGAAAGCACAAAUAAACAUGGGAUGGGUCCAAGACAUCACAGCGGACCAGCGCUCUACAAAUCAACAAAACCAAUCUCCAUGACAUCACCAACCAACGAAAUCUCUAGUUUUGCCGAACAAACAGGCCUUCCUUCCAACGUAGCCAUCGCCAAUGGGCUUGGUGUUCGUGGCCAACGCUUGAACUCGGCCACAAAUCACCAGCGAUCGUCGCAUUCCGCUAACCCAUCUCUUGGAAAACGUCAGUUUGUCAACGCUCCUGCGUUCAAGAGCAUCCAAGCUCGCUUCAACUCAUCCCCCGCCAAGAUGUCCAACAAAGACUUUGAAGCUGAAGCUGGCUUCUCAAGAAAACGAUUUAUUUCUCUCGAGCCACCUGCAUCUUCAACGUUCAGAGAGAAUGUUACAAAGACAGUACCUGAUGGGGGACAAGAUCAGAAAGGCAAGACUGGGAAGAUGUUUCAUAUCUCUAUUCCACAGAAACCAUGCAAGGCUGAGACAGCACAGGUUAACAAGGCUUCAGUAUGCCAAGCGGUGUGCUUCAAGUCAGAGAGUCAGGAAGCAUUAGCACUGACCAAUGGAAAUACUUCCAAGAAAUAAGACUUGCCAAGGAAUCACGAUUUUCCUGUCCAUCAAGAGUGAUUUAUCAAAAUAUUUUUGUCAGAUGAAUUGUCAGUUUUGACAACUUCCUUGUGACUACAGUGGCUGUCAGAUAAAAUAUUCAACAAGCCCUUUCAGGAAACUGUCUCAAGAUAAUUUGGGGAUCCUAAAGGGUCGUUCUGAGAAAAAUGUCACAAUUCAUUGUUCCAUCCAUCUCUUGCAAUCUUGCAUGCUUUCUGUUAGAUUUUUAAAAACUUACAUGGAUGGACGGAUGGCCUUUGCACCAAAUAUGUGCUUUGUGGCCAGUGAUGCUUUAGCUUGAAAAUGCAAGCAAUUUGUUAAUACUCAAUAACAUCAACAUCCAUGACACAAACAUUUGUAAUUUGCAUUUAUAUUUGGAUAUAUCUUGCAUGGCUUCUAUGAGAUUUUGUUUGAGCAAUAACAUGGAUGGCCAUUAAGAACACUGCUUGGUGGUAAGGAAUGCUUUGGCUUGAAAAUGUGAACAAGUUUGAACAUCAUUAUCAUCUAUAACAAAAUCAUUUCUAAUCUGCAUUUAUAUUCGGAUCAGGGAGUUGCUGGUCACCAAAAGUAUAAGCAGAGUGCAGCUUUUUUCGAUCUGUGUUCAUUCUUGCAUGAGUGUGGGGACAAGGGCCAAAAGAUCCAUGGUUGAGUUAUGAUUUUUUUCUUGAAUUGUGACAUUUUUUUUAGAAUGAGCCUAAGGACAAUGAAAUAUAUUAAAAUGGAUGGAAAAAAAAAACUUAGCUUAUCUCCACACUGCAUUACUGCUCUUGCCAAAUAUUCAAGGAAUACAUCAACUGUUAUGAACCAUUUUGAAAAGAUAUUGUUAAACAAUGUACUCAAGAUGAUAAAAUAAAGUGCUACAUACAUGUACUGCAGGAACAAUCUACAUGCUUGUAUCUCUUAUUUAUUUUCUCAUAAAUUCCAUAAAUUCUUAUAUCACUGUAGUCCGGAUUCUAAACCAGUUUGAACCUGAGAAAUGUAUUCUAAACAUUUUUCUUUAUAUGUCUUCGGGAAAAAACGUAGGAUAUCUGAAGCUGAUGUUGAGUUUUAGAAUAGAUGACUCUCACUAGAUAUGAAAACUGUGAAUAUACCCUUUGGUGAGGCAUUACUCCUUGUUAGAGGAUCUUAAGGGCUCUGCCCCUAUAGAAUAUGGCUGUAAAUUUGCAAGUGUACAUAAACAUGGGUUCCAUGUACAAGUCUAAAGUGAAACAAAGCAAGUAAACAGAGAACUAGGAAGGAGCCUUAGUUUGUAUCGUAUCCAUGGCGAUGCUAAUUGAAAAAGCAUCAAUUAUUAAGGUAAUUAUAAUAAAUGUUUCAUGAAAACCCCAUCCUUCAAAUCAGUGUAAAAUGAAGAGCAUCAUGGAUCAUGCUACAAAUAUCAUUUCUUAGCUAUGGCACUGUAACACAAAGGUUAGCAAUUAAUCAUUAAAUGAAAUGGCCUAUCAAGAUCAUCGUUGCAUGCGCAUUUUGUUCAGUAGACCGCCUAGGAACCAAUCAGAAUUGUUCUUUCAAAUUAACAAAUCAUCACUAACCCUGUGUUACUGGGCCCUGGUCUACCAUUUUCCUAUGGCAGGCCUGUCCUAAGGAGUUGUCAUGCCUGGCUGAUUUAGACAGUCUAUUUCAACAUACGUAUGGCAAUCCAUGUAAUUUUAUUACUUUAUAUCAAGUAAUCUUAUUGUGCUGUAGACAAUUGGCAAUUCUUUAUAUCUAGAAUUCUUGAUAUGGAGCAUUAUCAUUAAAUAUUAAACAUUGCUAAGAAGCAUUUAUCGUACCAAAAUAAUUGAUAGUUUUUUUCUAUUAGCAUCACUAUGGAUACAUUACAGCUCUGAACAAGCUCAGCUGAAUAUAUCCAUAUACAUGUAAAAGCUGCGCUUUACAAAUUAAUGUUUAUAAAGGUAAAUGCUAGUUUUGGUAACGAUAUCAAAAUGAGUUCGUACAGAAUCCAAUGAAAUGACCACCAAAGUGUCUGUUUGUAUAAAUAAAACGCAUGUGCCAAAGGAUUCUGGAAGAAAUUGUGUAAUUGCUGAGAAAUCAGCAAAUAAGCACAGGAUUCGGGUAGAGCGUCGGGCCCGACGCUCAAAGCAAUAAUUAUACACUGUCCCACGUGCGCUUAUCUGUGUUGGGGAAGUUCAGUCUGAACAUUUUUCAGCGUAGAUUUCAAGAUUUCACAAAGUUCAGUUUAUGUAACUGUACCAGAUCUAGAUCCUCGAUGAUAUACUGACAAUUAAGCCUGGUUUUACAGACUUUCUCAUGAAAUCAGUGUUUACUGCAACUACUGGAAUUUCUCUUUAUUAUUAUUAUUAUUACAAACUAAGACUCCUCGUUAUCUGUUUAAACUUACAAUAAAAAGUGGGAGACAUUAAGCCCUGGGGCAAACUUUACAGCUCAUUAUAACUUUUUCAUUCAGGACAAUACUACCGCAUUAUUCAAGCAAUUCAAUUUCAAGGGUGGAUUCACCAAAUAAAUAUAACUUAUUACUGUAAUGAUUGUGUUAUUUUGUGCAAUGGACAUGGGUCUUCAGGGCGAUUCCAUGCUAGAAAAAUCAGCCAUUUUCACAACAUUUUUCAACCUGCUGUCCAAACGAACGAAGAACUUCAAUUUGCUUUGUGGUAAUAUUAAAGUACUACUGGGUAGACAUGCAAAAAAACUGACAAACAACAAAAAUAUGUUGUCCAUAGGUGAAUUAGAGCUUAAAAUGUUGCGUGUCAUACGGAACAUUUCUGCGAGCCGUACGACACACAUUUUCACCUAUAAUUUACCCAUAAUCAUUUUUUUUGUGUUGGUUAUUAUUUUUUCACAUGACUAUCCACUAUAGCUUUAUC